GAGUAAUCAAAAUUCAAAAAUGAAAACCAAAAUUGAAGCGGGAAAUGGGAAUAAUUGUAAACAACAUUCAACAUUGAAUUUAUUAGUGCUCAUAAUAUACGAUUCGUAUUUACUAUUUGUAUUUUAGAAGUGAGCUGUGAUGAGACAUUCGUAAAUAAGAAACGAUGCCCCGUGUAAAAAUAGACUACAUUGUUAGUUUCAGCAGCGAAGAUGAGGAGCAUAAAGCAAGUAACCUCUUAUCAUGGGAUGUGAGCAAGAAGAAGUGGCUGUGUCGGAAAGGAGAGAGCUCUGCAUCCAUUGUGUUACAGCUUAUUAAAGCUGUUCAGAUAGAGUCAAUUUUCAUUGGCGCUCAUCAUGCUUCACUGGUUGAAGUUCUGGUUGGACGUUCCGAGACACCUGAUGAUCCUUAUGAGGUGUUAGUCCCUAGUUGCGUGUUCGUGUCAGCCCGCGAUUCGCGAUCGGACACGCCCGUGGAGCGUGUGCGUAACUUCACUGCCGACCAAUUGGCGGCCGCUGCGCGCGGGCAGCGCUGGGACCGCGUGCGCCUUGUGUGCACGCAGCCUUACAACAGACACUGCCAGUUUGGACUUUCAUUUAUACACAUUUUUGAGCCGGAACAUCUGGAACAGGGAACAAGUGCAGCCGGCUCAAGUGAUAAGAGGCUUGAUAUAAAGGAAAGCAAUGCCAAUCCCUCACUUCCCAAAAGAUUAUUCAACUUGGAAACAUAUUCAUCAGAUGAGGAUGAGUUCAAGCCAGGGCAACUCUUUGCUAAGUAUCAGAGUAAAGAGUCUGACAGAGUGCACAUUAACACAGAGACUCAAAUACGCCAGGCCAAUUCAAAUGCUCUUAAAAAUAUUACGGACACAACUACCAAACUGGCGAAAACACCAAUUUCUAAGACUUGUAACAAACGUGAUGAUAAUAACAGCCCUAGAGAAAAUGAUAAAAAAAGACAGAGAAAUGAUGUUUUGUAUACAAAAGAUGACGAGCGACCUCACGAUAAAAUAGAUCGUAUUGUGAAGGAACAUAAAGAUAACAAUAAUAUUGAACGCGAAGACAUAAAUAUUAAGACAAGAAAAGGGAUUGACACACAACUGAAGCGUAACUCAAAUAAAAUGAAUGACUCAGCAAAAACUAAGCCAGAUCAUAAAUAUAGUAUAAAAGAGACCAAACAUACAGAACGUAAAAGUACGGAUGUAAACAUAAAUAAGAGGGAUAACAGCAGUGAAAGAGUACAGAGUGAUCACAAGCGUGCCAAGUUGAGCAGUGCUGCCGAAGGAGUGGGCGGAGGCUCGGUGCUUCGAGGAGUGGUGUUUUCCAUCAGCGGGUACCAGCACCCGCGGCGUGGUGCCGUGCGCGCGCUGGCGCUGGCCAUGGGUGCACGUUACCGCCCCGACUACACCCCCGACUGCACGCACCUUUUAUGCGCGUUUCCCAACACGCCUAAACUACGAGAGAUCCGGAGCAGUGCGGCGGGUGCCCGCGUCGUAGCCGUUCGCGCCGAAUGGGUAGAGGAUUGCCACCGACAGGGGCGGCGCCUGGAAUGGCGGCCCUAUGCCAUCGAGCGGCAUGUUGCUGACGACACCGGUCACAGUGAUGCCGGGAGUCCUCACGAUGAUUCGGGCGAGGACACGGAAGACGAGAUCGAGCGAGUGCAGCGCAGUCUAGAGGUCCGCGACGAGCGGGACAGUGAUGUCACGAUGGAGGCGCGUGCCAAGCGGAAAUCCGACUCCGGCGACAGUGAUGUCACGGUGGAGGAGCGAGUUGCCGAUUCCGACGACAGUGAUGUCACGCUGGAGGAGACACGCGCCGAGUGCCGCCCCACCCUGCGCGCUGAUCAGCUGUUAGGGGAUUUCCUGGAGGGGUGCACUGUGAGAGUGUCCCGCGGGGCGCCUUGCCGAGCCGAGUUGGAGCGCUACCUACGAGCGUACGGCGCACUGCUACUACCGGAGAAGGCUGACAUAGAACCGGACAUAGUGGUGUGCGAAGCGCGACCGUACAACACGUCGAGCACUCACAGCUCGGGCACCGCGCACGUGCGGCCAGAGUGGGUGUGGCAUUGCCACGAGCGGCGCCGACGGCUCUGCCUCGACGACUACCUCGUGUGAUACUGUUGGAUGUGGGUGUGGCACUGAACCACACACAGGUGCCACCACCUUGCUAACAACAUGUACAGAGCAACACGGCACCGAGUGAUCGUCGGUAGGAGCACCACGUGCCGCUAGGUAUGCAGUGAAGUACUCCAGGGGUGCUCAAAUCGUUGAUCGCGAGUGCUUUUUGAGUCGAUCUCGAGAAAAAAAUCCGAUAUAGAACUGUUCACAGAUUUUUGUUUACGUACUUUGCAAUUACGUACCAUCUUAUGAAAAGUAUGCUCAAGACAUGGAGUGUCAUGCAUAUUCAACAUUCGAAGUCACUCUUUAGUUAAGUUUAGAACUUCAGACACUAGCAGGCCUACACUAACCUUGACUAAAAAAAUGCAUAUUAUUGUGAACAAAAGUCAUCAUGACAAUCUACCUAAACAACAAUCCUUCAUGACACAAACUUGAAGCCUCUCAGAGUCGAUUGAUCGUAGUCAAACAAUUUUGAGGUAGAUCACCAGAUGUUCAAGCUUGAGCACCCCUGCUGUACUCUAUCUGCAGUUCACUGAUCAUAUCUUGCAGGGAGUUGGCCUUUGAUAUGCUUAUGGACACAGUUCUGUCCAGAUAAAGAGGAGUUUUUUUGAGUUAAGAUGAUAUAGUAAUGACAAAAAUGUGAAUUUACCACAUUAUGCUGGAAAAGAAAUAAUAUUUACCAUGAUUAUUAAAAUAAAAAAUAAAUUUCUAAUACUUAGAUGGAUACGAAAAAUGGAAGUAGCCUAAACAGAGUAGACUAAGGCAACCUUAUUAAUACAAAUGUCAUGUUUUCUAUUAUAAUAAAUAAUAAAAUAUAAAUGUUGUGAACAAUAUAUUUAUUAAAAGAGAUUUUUUU